UAUAACAUAAACCUAAAAAUGGCAUUCAUGUUGCAUUUUAAAGCGCUCCUCUGGAAGAAUCUUCUUCUAUGGAGGAGGAAAAUCUUUGGAAGUUUGUGAGAACUUCUCACCCCUAUCUUAAUGGUAGGGAUAAUUAUUGGGAUAAGAAAGGCUGCCUCUAGUGUAGCUGUACAUGAAGGAAACAGAGUAAAAGAUGGAGUUGGCUAUAUCACAGAAGUAAGCGAAGGAGGAUUCUACGACCAGAUCAAGCAACAAAUCUUCAACCAAAGAGACUUCCUCAACUUCCCUGUCAACCCUAAGGGGGCUGACUACUACGCACUCUUGGGCGAAGAUCCUCAAGCUGUCCAAGAUUUGAAUAAGGCAUUGGAUAUGUUCUUGGGUGAGAUUGGUCAGGAAACUAAAAGAAAGUUCAUUUAUAUGGAGGAUAUCACUACUGAAGAAGAACUCUUUCAGUAUGUCAGAAGACCAGAGUACUCUAUCCAGGAGAAAGACAAGAAGUUAUUGUUCGCUAUUGGGCUUCCAUCGGAUAAAGUAAAUAACCCAUACGAUUACACUAUUUAUAUGUCUGAGAAUUUCCCAGCUGAUGUACCAUCAACAAGGUCUCCGAAGACAACGACUGUCCCUGGGACCACUGAUUUUAUGAGAUAUUCAAGGCUUGGGUUUAUGUCUUUGCAGUCCUUCAUUGCAAACUAUAUUUUAAAAUCAGAAACAAAAAGCUUGGAAUCAUCCAUCGACAUUUUUAUGUCGAUGGGAUCUGUUGACGAGUUUAGAAAAGAUGACUUUUGGAAAAACUUCGGACCAACACUUGCAUUGUUUAUGUUGAUUAUUUUCAUAGCUCCAGUGUUUAGACUUGUAUCGUUUCUCACUGAAGAAAAGGCAUCCAGAGCUAGAGAAGGUAUGAAGAUCAUGGGUCUUAAAGACGCUCCAUAUUGGCUUUCAUGGUUUGUCUACUACUUCUCAGUUAACUUCGUGAUCUCUUUAUUUACAGGCAUAUCCUUCUCACUCGUAUUGUUUCCAAACUCAUCAAUGUUUCUGAUAUUCCUGUGGGUGUUUCUGUACGGCCUCUCACUGUUCUCGUUUGGAGUGUUGGUGUCAUCGUUCCUUCAAAGGCCUCUAAUAGCAUGCAUAAUUGUGACUAUCUUCCACUUUCUGACAUAUUUCUUUGUAAUUCCUCUCGACCAGCCUGGGGUUCAAGACCAGACCAAAAUUGUGUUUUCAGCCAUCCCCAACAUUGCAAUGACUUUAGCUGCUGGAGCUCUAGGAGACCUUGAGACAGCAGGCCUGGGGCUGACCAAAUCGACCAUUUUCAACAACACUGGACACUUUAAAAUUGGAGUCUCUUUGAUAUCGUUUGGUGUCAACUUCUUGGUGCAGCUCCUUCUCGGACUCUACCUCGACAAUGUGUUACCAAAAGAGUUCGGCAAGAGACAGCACCCCUGCUUUAUGUUCAAGAAAUCAUUCUGGUUUGGAGCAGAGUACAAAGAUGGGAAUGGCUUAGAAGCUUACUUGCUACAAGAAGAACAUGAAGAUUUUGAUCAAAACGAAGACAACAUCUGUGAACAGGUUCCUCCCAAUGUCAAACAGCUCGAAGCAACUGGUGACUGUAUGAAAGUGAGGCAUCUCAAGAAAGUGUAUAGCAAUGGUAAAGUUGCUGUUGACGACCUCUCACUGACUAUGUACAAGAACCAAAUCUUCGCCCUUCUCGGACACAAUGGUGCUGGCAAAACAACCACUCUGUCCAUUCUCACAGGAUUAUAUCAGCCCUCAGCUGGCAAAGCCUCUGUGUUCAAUAUGGAUAUGUUCGAACAAGCCGACGAAGUCAGAAAGAAUUUGGGAGUGUGACCCCAGUUCGACAUUCUGUUUGACAUGCUGACUCCUGAAGAACAUCUUAAACUAUACUGCAUGUUCAAAGGCGUCCCUGCUUCUGAGGUCGAAGCCCAAGUUGAGAAGACUCUCUCAGAUGUGGAUUUGCAGUCAAAGAGAGGCGCCUAUGCUAAAGACCUGUCUGGAGGCCAGAAGCGAAAGCUCUCAGUUGGAAUCGCUAUGAUUGGGGGAUCUAAACUUGUGCUGCUAGAUGAGCCAACAAGCGGAAUGGACCUGACUGCCAGACGCAAAAUCUGGGACAUGCUCAAGAGUAACAAGCAAGACCGGAUCCUGAUUUUGACCACCCAUUUCAUGGACGAAGCAGACAUCCUUGGUGAUCGAAUCGGCAUCAUGGUGGCAGGCAAGAUCAAGUGUUGCGGAGGAUCACUGUUCUUGAAGAAACAAUUUGGAGUAGGCUAUAACCUGGUUGUUGCCAAAGAAGAUAAUCAACCAAACCCAGACAUUGAAGAGUUCAUAUUCAGAAGACUUAAUCACUGAGUAAAGCUAUCUGAAGUAUCAUCUGAGGUAACAUUCCAGAUACCUCAGAGUGAGUCUGUAAAAUUUGAGGAGUUCUUCACAGAGUUGGAUAACAGCUUGGAGAAGCUUCAGAUUAAAAGUUAUGGAGUGGGAGUCACAACAUUGGAGGAAGUGUUUCUAAAGGUGGGAGAACAAGAUGAAGAGGAGAAACCAAUCAAUCUAAAUAGAACAUUCAGAAUCAACGACAGUGAAUUGGGAUAUGAUGAUGAUUAUUACUCUAUUGCUGAGGAAUCAGAACAAAAUGUAUUCUUCACUCAUCUUUACGCUCUCUGUGUCAAAAGAUUCCUGAUGUCUUUUAGAAAACUAAAGUCGUCUUUAUUAGAAAUCUUUAUUCCCAUGGUCUUUAUACUGACAGGACUUGGACUGUCCAAGAUUGACUAUUUCGUGGAUUCAUCUCCAAUAGACUUAGGCAUAGGACUGUUUCCAGGCCAUCACUCUAUGUACAUUAGUUCCACUCAGGAAGGACAGGACUUGGAAGCAUUCGCCAACUCGUUUGACUCAGAUAUCUUUGGAAUUAAUGUGAUUGAGACUCCGGUAGGGGACACUUUGUACCAGACACUUUCUAAUUUUGAAGAGACAGUCUUUUUGGAAGAUCAGGGCUAUGAAAAACAAAUGAGCAAUGUAGGAAAUUUCGUACUUCAUAAGCUUCAGAACAAUAGAAAAGAAAAGGUAUGCCAGGUGUUCGGAUUCUCUAACGGAUUUGCAAGAGAUGGAGCACCAAUGAUGACGCAAAGUGUGCUGAAAUCAUGCCUUAGAGUACUUCUUAACAGACCUGAGAUGCAAUUAAAAUUUGUAAACAUGCCUUUUCCUUUAACUGCCAGAGCUAAAGCAAGAGCUGAAGCAAAUAAUGGAGCAGUUAUUGCAUUUCUGUUUGCUAUAGCCUUCGCUAUGAUUCCCACUGGAAUUGCUGCCUCUAUUGUUCAUGAAAGAGAAAUCAAUGUGAAACAUCAGCAGAUGAUCUCAGGAGCUUCUUCUGUUCCAUAUUGGCUAAGUAACUAUAUUAUAGAUUUUACUAGGAGUUUAAUUCCACUAACCUUUGCCAUCUCAAUGAUUUUCAUAUUUGAUGUAACUUUGCCAUUUAUCUGGAUCCACAUUCUGCUCUUUGGAUUGGCCUUACCUCCAUUCACUUAUGCAUUAACAUUCUUAUUUAAAAAGGAAAGUGCUGCUCAGCUAAUGACCAUUCUGAUCAACAUAUUUCUGGGAGGAUUCAUCCCAAUUGUGAUUAUCCUCUUGCAGUCCAUGUCGAAUACAAGAGAGAUCGGCAAAUCUUUGAGGUGGCUGCCAAGGAUAUUCCCUCCGUUUGCAGUCAUCGAUGGAAUUGUUCAGAUUUCAAUAAUGAACACCAUUGCGUUUGCAUUGGGCGAAGACCCGAAGGACAACCCACUAAGCAUUGAUGUUGCAGGAGGCGAUGCAGUUUUCUUAGCCAUCAGUAUCUUCUUCUGGUGGAGUCUUUUCAUCUUGCUAGAAUCAAACAUCUUAAUGAGAAUAUUUAGAUUUAGAGGGGUAAAGGAUUAUAAAGAAUUCUUUGAUGAACCCCAAGUAGAAAUUGACUCUGAUGUGAGAAAUGAAGAAUUUAGAUGCUCUGAAGUUGUUCCUCAAAAUUGCUCUGUUUUAGUGAACCAACUUCGUAAAGAGUUUAAGGUUCAAGGACAACAAUUUGCUGCUGUCAAAAAUAUCUGAUUUGGACUUGAAUAUGGUGAAUGAUUUGCUCUUCUUGGAGUCAAUGGAGCAGGAAAGUCUACAACUUUUAAAAGUAUGACUGGAGACGUCACCCCCACUGAUGGUAAAAUUUAUAUUGAUGGACUUGAUCUAUCACAUCCAUCAGAGUUUGAAAAAGCAAGAAAACUCAUCGGGUAUUGUCCUCAAGAAAACGCAAUAUUUGAAGGAAUGACUGUGUACGAGCAUUUGGUGUUUUAUUCAAGAAUAAAAGGCAUCUUGAAACAGCACAGACACCAAAUCAUCGAAGACACUCUCAGAGAGCUUGACCUUGACUCUUUUAGAGAUGUCAGAUGUGAGAAGCUGUCUGGAGGCAAUAAACGCAAACUCUCUGUAGCAAUGGCCAUUAUCGGUAACCCGCCUAUUGUGUUCUUGGACGAGCCAUCAACAGGAAUGGACCCGAAAGCCAAAAGAUUCAUGUGGAGUGUCAUUUCGAAGAUAUCCACACUCAGAAAGAAAAGCACCAUCAUCCUGACCACCCACUCUAUGGAAGAAGCUGAAGCCUUGUGCACCAAAAUGGGCAUCAUGGUUAGUGGCAGAUUCAAAUGCUUCGGGUCACCACAAGCUAUCAAAGACAAGUUUGGAACAGGCUAUGAGAUAGAAAUCAAAGUGAGAUGGCCGAGCGAACAAGAAGCCACAAAGCUUCUUAAAGAGAAAGGGCUUGAUGGCUCUACAAAUGCCACAGCAUUAGCCGGUUUAAAAUAGCAACAUAGAUUUUAUCUCAGAAAGUGAACUUGACCUUGGCAAAUACUCGUCUGAAAUGACACCCCUCUCUUUGUGUCAGCUACACCUCCUCAACGAGCAAUACCAGACUUUGAAAGCCUCCCUUGAAGAAGCUUCAGACAGCUGCAGCCUGGUCGAGCACUGCGACAACUUCUUCAGGUUCCGAGUCUUUGGAGGUGGGCGCAGACUUGGGUUUUAUUUCGGCCUGCUUGAAAAACUUAAGAGCAAAGCUAGCUUCGAAGAAUAUGGGAUCAGUCAGACUACACUAGAGCAGAUAUUUAAUGGGUUUGCAAAGGAAGCAAAUGUAGAUGAAAAAUAA